GAUCUACCCACGCCUCGUUAAUGAAAACAUCUUUUGUCAAUGAACUGACGUCAGCCCGGGCUGCGGUUGGACGGGAGUACGAACCACGUGACCGGGAUCCAAUCGUGGGAGUUCUGAGUUAGCUGUGCUCGUAAAACUGAUCGCCAUUCGCCCAUUCUCCACAGAGGGACGCUCGGAGCAAGGUGUGGCCGGCAAAAGAUUGUUGGGUAAAUGGAAUGAGAGAAAAAAGGGGGUUCGUAGGAAGGAAAAAUUGUGUGAAAUUUUUUUUACAUUUAAAUAGUCGUGUCAGAUAUGUUGGAAGGUUUUGUGAGGUGAAUACGGCGUUGUUACGCGCUAAGUUUACUCUGUAUAUUCGCAGUAAAAAUACCAGCAUAUAGUUUAGUUUUUUCUCAACACUGCAAAGAAGUUUAAUUCGACGACGACGCUGAGAGCGCACCGUGGCGGCUACAAAACGCACAGCAUCCAGUUUGUUUGAUCUCAUGGGAUCGGUGUGAAUAUUAUAAAAGAAAAAUAUAUGUAUAUACAUAUACGUAUAUAUAUGCCUUUGAGGUGAAGGAAAAUGCCACCUCCUUGUUUAUUCGUAAGCUACGGUACUGUGAAUCGAUAAAUAUCGCUACGAUAAUCAAAAGAUUUAAUAUGCAUUUACUGAGUGACUGUAAACAUUCCAAACUUAACUUGUUAAUACAUUUUAAUUGUUGAAAAAUCAAUAAUCUAGGAGAGGAGUUAUGCCGAAAUUCUGGCCAAUAUCUUCCCAUCCGUACGAUUGCCAUCGUAAAAAAGUUACGAGAGUAUGAUUAAAUAAUAUUUUAGAAGCUGUUGAUCAAUAUUAUCAUUAUAUAUCUUCCUUCAAAGUGCCAUUCUCAUAUAAAUAUUUUUUAUUAUCUAAAUAUAAAGAUAAAAAAAUGAACAAAUUAAUAGUUAAUUAAAUAAAUGAACAAACAAAUAAAUAAACAAAUUGUAUAAAAUAAGAAAUUUUAAAUCUGACCGCACGUAAUUUGCAAUAAAGCAAUAAUGAUUUAUAGCCAUCAUUAUAAAUUGUAAUUAUCACCUACGUUUAUCAUUAAACAAAUAUACGUAUAGGAAUUAUUUUAUAUAUGAUAGCACAUACGUAUAUGAAAGAGAAAAAAAAAAUUUUAAUAUUCAAAGAAUUUCAACAAAACGUCAUAAUAUAAUCGUUUCACCAAGACAUUUCAUAAUUCCAAUCUAUUUAAAUAUUAAUAUUAAUAAGUGCCAUACUAAAAUAUAUAUCGUCGUAUCCACGAAAGAAACGUGUGUAAACGUAAACAAAGUAAAAAAAAAAAAAUAAAACAAAGAAAUUAUUAAUAAGUUCAUAAGUACACAAAACACAAGAGAGUGUUCAUUACUCUUAAAAAGGCAAGUGAGUGAAAAUCAAUGUUUUUUGGGAGUGAGAUUCCGGAAUACAUCUGAAUAAAUUUCAAAAUAUUUCUGUCAUCAAAUAGUCAAAAAGUUGCCUAUGAUUGGGUACAAAAAAAGCUGUUUGAAAAAAGAAAAUUGAAUUCAAUACAAAAGUUGGGUUCAGGUAAGAAGCAUCAAUAAUAUCAUCUUCGAGAUGCCUGGUGGAACAACGGAGGAAGGUCUUGUGGCCCCAGAGUGGCUAUUUGGUGAGCUACGAUCACUCGGAGGACCAAGUCGGCUACUUGUUUUAGACUGUAGAGCUCAUUCAGAGUUUUCCGAAGCUCACAUACGGGGUUCAGUUCCACUAGCCAUUCCAAGCAUCAUGCUGAGGCGAUUGGCAGCUGGAAAAGUUGACCUUCUAGCUACGAUCAGAUGCCUGGAUCUGAGAGCUAGAGUCGAGGUGUUUUUGUAUGGCGAUAAAGAAAGCCGUGGCACUUUUAUCCUGAUAGGAGAUUCCACUGAACCAGCAGGUCACCAGGGUGAGACUAUCCAAGUUCUCACCCGAAGACUUAGGAACAGUGGUGGCAGAGUAGCUAGUUUAAUUGGUGGUUUUGGAGCAUUCAGAGAUAGGUAUCCCGAAUGGUGCGAAGGAGGGCAGGGAAAUGCCGAGGGUCUCACAGGCCAAGAUCCGAAUGAAGGAGAAUUAAUGGGUCUAAGAUCCCUUCGUAUUUCUACUCCUCCGACAACGCGAGCAUACUCUGAUUCGGACAGCGACAGCACCUGUGACUCUGUCGGUCCUGAGGAGGACAAAGACUUUCCAGUGGAAAUCCUGCCACACUUAUAUUUAGGAAAUGCAGCCAAUAGUGAAGACAGAGAGGCGUUAGCUCGCCACAGGAUACAGUAUAUUCUCAACGUUACACCUGAUUUACCAAAUGUUUUCGAAGAUGCUGGCUCCAUUAAGUACAUGCAGAUACCGAUCAGCGAUCACUGGAGUCAAAAUUUGGCUAGUUUCUUCCCGCAAGCUAUUCAAUUCAUAGAGGAAGCGAGAAGUUCGGAUAAAGGUGUACUGGUUCACUGCCUGGCUGGAGUUUCACGUUCUGUUACAAUAACAGUCGCCUACCUUAUGCACAAAUGCAGCCUUAGCCUGAACGAUGCUUUUAAUUUGGUCAGAAGUAGAAAGUCUAACGUAGCUCCAAAUUUCCAUUUUAUGGAGCAGUUGCACAGUUUUGAAAGAGAACUUAGAAAUCGAGGGGACAGAAGUAAAGGCAACGACAGAAGGUGCAUCGGUGCCUGUAGACCGGGAGGUCCUUGUAAUUGUCCUGUACCAAGUUUUAUAAGUCCCAUCGAUUUAGGGCUUAGUCCGGACUCCGGAAUUGAAUUUGACAGGUGGGCGGCUAGUACGCCGGCAGAAUGAGACGGGCCGGGGGGGACCCAAUACAAAUUCUAGGUCCCUCCUAGUUGUUUAGAGCUGUCCAGUUCCGCAUCGCCAGAUGCGGAGGGUAUUAUAGGGAAAUAGGUGAGGAUAUUGUAUUAUUAAAUAGUCAAAUUUUAUGAAAACGUUUUCAGGGAGAUUGUUAACUUGUCGAAAGCUUCGAUCGCCUUGCUUUAAAUUCGUUCAACGAAACUGAUAGCAGAAAUGUUUUGUAAUUUGAAGCGUUGCUUGGUCAGCUUUUUAAUUGAAAAAACAUAUUUUCCCACGUAUUUCCCUGCAAAUUUUGAGAGCCCAAUUCUUCGUCACAAUGAUAUGGCCCGAUGAUUGAUGAAAUUCUGAAGAGAUUAUAUCCUUCUGCAGCACAACCUUUAUUUGUUAAUCUUGUUAAGAAGAGCAUUCCCUUACUCCUUUUGGUGUAUAAUUUUGUCCGACUUUCCAUGUAACUUGGUAUGCAUGAAACAAAAAGUAAUAAUAAGAAGAAGAGGAAGAGGAAUAAUAAUAAGAAUAAAAAUACUAAGAAUAAUAAUUGAUUCAAACUGCUGUAGUAGUUUGUAAGCAUUAGAAGCAAAUUUAAUAGCCAGAUCGGUUCAUAUAUCGUCAAAAAUAUAUUUGGCUGCGUUAACAACUUGGCUUUUUCUGGUUGUUGAAAUAUGCGUUCAGAGGCCCCCUGUACUUGGGACAAUGAUGAUAUACUAGCAAAAGAAAGUAAAUAAAUGAAUAAUUAAAUAAAUAAUAUCGCAGUCCGUAUCAUCUGCACAUACUUUAAUUGUUUUAAACAAAAAGAAAAACAAAAACAAAUUUAAAAUAAAAAAAAACUUUACACAAAGCAACACAUCACUUAUGUGGUAUUGUCUUACAGAUCUCAAGAAUAUUGAAAAUUAUUUUUAUAAAAACAAAACAAAAAACACAUUCACAUUCCCGCCACGAGCCUUGACUGGCUGAAACAAACUAUCUCAAUAUAUAUAUAAAAAUAUUGUAUAUGCAUUGUUCACCAAACAUAAUUCAAAUUAAUAUGGAUAUAUACAGUGAAUGUUAUUUUUCAUGUAACUAAUUACAAAGUUAGGGUAAACUGACUUUUGAUCAACUCAAGAGUCAUUGUUUAACAGUUAAGGAAAUAUAUAUUUGACGUUACUAUAAUAACAAUAUUCUACUACUACACUGUUGUCUGUUGUAUGUUUAAUGGAUUGAACGUCCGAAGAAUUAAAUCAAAUAUUAUGUAUAUUACAUAAAUUAUUUUAUAUUCAUCGGUGUAUAUAUCUCAACUCAUUUUGAUUAGAUACACAUUCUAGGUUACGUGA